AUGACUGAUAAGUGUCACAUGUGUCUGCUGGGACUGAUCCUUCUCUGUUCACUUCUCACAGGUACCAUUGGAGGACCAUUGGACACUCACGAGUUCUGCAGUUCUGGUGGAAGUGUCCGUCUGCCCUAUAAUAAUGCUCUUUCUGACUGCACAUCAACUACAUGGACCUAUAGCAGACAUUUAAAGUCAGUUGAACUGAUCACUUUAGGGAAAAAGGAGAAAGACACAGAGAGACUGAGUCUGGACUCUGACUGCUCUCUGAACAUCACCAAAGUCACAAAAGAAGAUUAUGGAUCUUACACCUGCCUACGAUAUGUGAAUGGACAAGGAACUGAUGCACGUGUUUAUCUGCAUUUUCUUCAUGUCUCUCCAUCAUCCACUCAGAUCAGAAGCGGCAGCUCUGUAACUCUCUCCUGUCAGUUGUAUUAUGAUCAAGUCUAUUGUGAUACUUUGGUCCGUGCUGAGGGAGUUCAGCUGAUCUGGGUGAAUCAGGCUGGUGAGGAUCUACAGACAGACUCUAGAUAUCAGAUAUCUCCACCAGGACACUGUGACAGCACCCUGACAACAACACUCCUGGAUGAAGAUAACAACACAGAGUGGAGAUGUCUGCUUACUCAGAGAAAUGAAGCGAAGACCUCAGCCGCAUAUAUUGUCAGGUAUUCUGGUAAGACACAAAAUUUCUUUAAUCGGUAUUGGAAGAUUAUCCGUUAAGGAAACAUGACAUGAUUGAUUACUAAUGUUAUAAGUUCAGGACAAACCUAAGGUUAUGGGCUGCAGCUCAUUGUGUUUUACUCUAAUAUAAAUGAUAACUGUGUUUAUAAUGUA